UCGUUUUUGUGUUUUGGUCCGAAAACUUUGCGCUGCUCAGAUCAGGAUCAGGAGAAGCAGCUUGGGUGAGGGAGCCGCAGACGUUGCUGCGUUGGUUUCGUUCAUGACCUUGGCUACGGGAUCAAGCCUGACGAGGAAUUGUUUUUUGGUUUUCUGACUUUGUCUCCGAGUUCAGUAGAGGAAGAGCCAGCGAGAGCGAGAGAGAGAGAGAGCCUCAGGGAAUUGUUAUUUCGAGCUGGUUCUGCGAAGAAGCCGGAUUAUACAAGCAGCAGCAGCACCACCACCAGGUUCAGGGUGUCGCCGAGAUUGAAGGAUUUGGAGUCCUUACAAUGAUCAUCAGUUUGGUUGUGAGGAGAAGGAUUUAUGCCCGCUGGUCUUUUUGCAUGGUCCGUUGAGGAAAUUUUCUUAGCCGAAAUCGUUUGCUGAAAGCAAGGAGACACGUAGAGGACGAAACUUGCUGGAGAUCAAGAGGCUUUACUGGAGUUAUCGACGAGGCUUCAUUCCUGUAGGUCAAUGAUAUAGUAGGUAUCCGGUUUUCUAAGUUUAUCUGUUAAGCCUGCGCAAAUGGAGGGUAUCGAAACAGAUGAUUUUCUUAGGGAGCUCGAUAACUAUAAUCCCAGGCAGUUCGACUCGAUGAACCCUUUGAUAGACCUCACAUCCGGUCGCAAGAAUAUCAUGGGUAAAUACUUGGACUUGCAAGAAGAAGAGCCGUGGCCUCUACUCGCUGAAUAUUUUGGGGUUGCAUUGGCUUUCGCAGCGUUGGGUGCUCUUAUCCGUGGUGCAAAUGGGAACAGAGUGAAUGCGGGUGAGAAAGAUAGUCAUCCCAAAAUGCAAAAGAUGGUUCUUCAGAACAUGCUGAAAGGAUCAAUGGAGCGACUUCAAAACUUAGCUCGAAAUGCCCAAAAUCUACAGGACAGGCUCACUGAAUCUACAGAGGCGGGUGAAAAUCAUCGGAAAGAGUGCAAUCUAGAAAAGGCUAGUGUACUACAGAAAUUAGCUACUGCCGAGGAAGAAGUUCGAAAAUUGAAGCGUAGGAGAGCAGAGGAUGCUAAAGCCAACGAGAAAGUUGUACGCAUUUACGCCAAUCGUGAGCAUGGAUGGAAGGCUGAGAGAAAGAAGCUUUGUCAUGAGAUUGACAUUCUUAGAAAGUCCCUAAUCCGUGCAGAGAUCAAUGGUCUUUGUAGCCCCAAUGUUAGUUCGCUAAAAUGCAACGAGUGUGAUAUUAAGAAUAAACGCGUGAAAGACCUAGAGAAAGCACUGAAAGAGCAAGAGUUUGUGGCAAGAAAAAUAGUAGAUAUUAGGAAGAAAGAGGAAGAUUAUCUCCAGCUUACAAUAAGGUUCACUGCGGUGAAAAAAAUUGCCGAUGAACUGAAGGAAAGACUUAACAAGGAGCUGGCUAAUUCAAAGGAGCGGGAAGCUAUUCUUGAUGAAGUUCGAAAGGGGCAGCAGGAGACAGAACAUCGCUUAAUGAAAGCUUUAGAGGAUCUCGCGACAUCUAAAUUAAACCUUGAAUCUCUACGCAUUGCUACUGAUGACCACUCGGCUAUGGCCCAAAAGCUUUUAGAUGAGUUAGCGACCAUGAGGCAGGAGUCGGAAGAUAAAGAUGUGAUGAUAUCCACAAUGUUGGAUCGAGCUACAUUUGACAGAGAAGAGAAAGAGGAUCUUGCUCGGGAGCUUGCGGCCGCACAGGCUGCAAAAGUAGUUGCUGAAGCAGAGUCAGGGCGGUGGAAAAGGUUAGCAGCGGAAAGGACCCGGACGAAUCUCAGUGACGAAGUUCCGGAUGCGGGUAGGACAGGACAUCGCAGUCACCGCAGCUUGGGUAAUCGAUCCGAGUUAGAGAAAAUUGCGGAUCUUCAGCAAUCUCACCUCGAGGAAGUGAACAACCUCUGCACUUUUUAUAGUAGACAGGUUGAAGCUCUAGAGAAACAAGUCGAGAUGUACAAAGCGAAGGCUCGAGAUGCGUCUACGUUUUCCAUGCCCGCUCUGUUGUCUGCAGAUCUGCAAGGGCCACUUUCAGACCCGACUUGCAAAGCUUGGUUUGAAGUAGUGAAGGGGCGUUUUGCCACGCAAAUAGAUGAGAAGCACUGGAGUCAGAUUGAGACUUUCGAAAGGCACUUGCGAGCCAAAGACGAAAGACUAUCAGCUUUUAGAUCGAAGUUGAUAACACUGGAGUCGGAAUUGGCUCAAUCAAGGACGAAAGUUGAUGACUUGGGUUGCAAUGCGUCAACAGCUACGAAUGAGCAUUUAACUGAGGUUAAAAUCGAGAAAAAUGAAACACUUUCGGAGGACAUUGUGAAGGAUGAUGUAUGUGUGUGUUGUGAGAGAAUGGGAAUGACACAUCAGCUGUCCAUCAAGAAACUUCAAGUGGAGCUCAAAAGUGCAAAGGAUGAGUUGAAGACUCAGUUUGCUAAACAUGAGACUACUGUUGAGAAGAUGACGGAGAACGCCGAGGUAGAGCUCCGAAAUAAGGAUGUCCAGUUGUCAGUAUUGGAAGCGAAGCUGUGCCAAGUACAAUCGCAGCCCGAGGAAUCAAAAUCAUCGAAUGGAAUGGCUUUGUCUGAUAAAUCCCAAAUAAAGAUAUUUCUGGAGAAUAUUGACGAGAUGCAAGCGAAGCAACCUGAAGAAGUGCUUCAUAACGCAGAUUCAGGAACUAAAGUUCUGAAAUCCCGAGAAGAUUCUCCAGAGAAGAAGCGUCUGGAAAUGCGCUUUGAUGAGCCUAUGAUUCUGAUCGAUAACUCCGUCUCUGAUUCGGCAAAGUUGCUUUCCAAACUGAAAGAUAUAUGCUUAAGAGAAGAGAAGCCUCCCGCUAUGAUAAGCUUUCAUAGGAAAUUAGAAUUGGAAAGCUCUGAUAACUUGAUAUUUUCAAGCGACGAUUCUUGGUUAACUGCUGAACAAAGAGUAGGUGAAAUGUCUUUGCAAUUUAUACCAACUAAGGAUGUCCCUCUGCCGGAAAAGAAUUCCUCUCUUAUUUGCGAGGACGAGAAUGUUACAUCUGGGAACAACUCCAUAAAAUCUGAGAGUGGUAGAGACAUGAAUACAGUAUCUGUAAACAGGAAAGGAAAGGCGGGCGCGAACAAGCAACCUUUGAGUCUUGUUGCAAGUACUUAUCACGUGAACAAAAAUCAAACUUUUGAUAACGCCCCCUUCACGCAGGUCCCAUCGAAAGUCAUGAUACCUGCAAAUUUUGGUGGGUUUAACAAGCUCAGGGAGCAUAAAUCUCAGCAUACUCUGUUUACCGAAAUGAAAGGGCUGCAAACGACGACUGACAAUCCCACGUUCAUUACUCAGGAUAGUGAAGUAGGAUUUGCCUUGGAAGAAGAGAGGCAAAAGUCGCAGACCAGAGAGGAUAUUCAUGUAUUGGGAUUGGCUUUGGAGGUAAGGAGGAUAGAACAGCAACUUUCCAAAAUGAACAAAUCUAUUGGAGAUGCUCAAAGCCUACUUACCCGACCGGAGAAAAGUACCAAAAGUUCUGUCAAAAUAUCUUCUAACAAACAAGCUAGUCACUGCAUGGGACUUGCAGGAAAGGUCACUCAAUUGGCGAAGCAAAUUGGCCUGACUAGACCUCUUCGUAAACCCGCUCCAAAGUCUCAAAUUGAGGUGCCGAAGUGCGCUCCAGUCGUGCUCCAGUCAUCACAUCUGUGUUUACGUAAAAAUCCAUUAUUUCUACAGGAAACUACAGCUUCUGAACUUGUCUCUUUACAACUACGAGCUGAGAAAGUUGGCGAAAACCUUUCUGCAAUACAGGCCAGAGUUGCCAAGGAAAACAGUUCAGAUUUCUAUGAUCACUAUAGAUCUUCUACGUUUCCCAAAAGCAAAUUGGUGGAUACUGUUCGAACUCAUCUCUCUCAAGUUCAAGGAGCGCUGCAUUCGAAAUUGACACAAACAGUUACUUCCAGAAAGCCACUUCUAUCUUCUGCACCGAAACAAUCUACUUCAACCAAAGCCUCGACACCGCAUAAUUUCACAAUAAUCAAACCAGCGACCACUCCCAAGAAAGUCAGCAGUCCAACCAAACUUCCAUUGACACCUUCAACCAGGCGGGUAACUCCCACCAAACCGGUGGAAUCUUCACCAAGGCGAAUCACUUCGACCAAGUUGUUAACACCUUCACCGAAAUCGUUCACUCCGUCCAAGCCGUUCACGCCGGCGCCAAGUGCUUACGGACAAACGGAAACGUCUCUAACCAAAUCAAAACAGGUUCUUGCGAAAACAUCAACGAAACUAGUGAAGGACGUCCAUAACACCAAAGCUGCAUUCGGGAGGAAAGAAACUAAGUCUUCUGUACAUGACAAGCAGCCUCGGCAAUGGGCCAGGAAAACCAGUACUCACUACGAGUUGGACUUGGAGCAUUUGCGAUGAGAUUUAAUCAUAAAUUUUUAGCAUAAUGCAGAUCUCCCAGGGUGAGUUAUCGUUGCACAGAGUGAGUUUUAUUCAGAUGUACUCAAGAGUGACAUAUUACAUGGAAAGAUGGCUUGUGGAUAUCACUUUUGCAGUGUGUUAAGAAACACACAACGCUUCUUAUUCUUAUGGGAGAAAGCGGAUCAACCACAUUUGAAUCAACUCUUUUAUGGCAGCCUUCGGCCACGAAGUGCUUCGAAUAUCAAUCAAGGGACGCCAUGGCGAUGGCUAUUAAGGGCGAACACCUUGCGGGGUGGUCGCACGUUAGUCGUGAGCGUAAGGAAAGCUUUUCAUCAUCGUCUCAGAAAUGAUUCUUCUAUGGAUUUCAAUCACUUAUUUUGCCGUCACUCGAAGACACCAAUGGGGAUUUAUUCGCGACAAUAUCAUCCUGCCCAAUUUUUAAAAUUAGGCAAGCGAUGUGGUAACACUCAACUUUUGUUGAAGCAGGUAGUGUAAGAUAAAGUUGUAAUCUCAGUGGCUAUAGAAAUCUCAUCUAUUCCAACAAAAAAUUUAUCCCAACAUGACCGCGAUGUGUACUAAUAGUUUGUAGGGCCUUUUUGUAAUUAUUCGCGUCAAGUGGCUAGUAGUAAAAAUUCGUUGGUAAUCAGCCAUGAAUUGAGGAAAAAUUCUUUAAAAAAACUCUUUUCAUACUUCA